AUGAGUGACCACAAGGCCGUGAUUAAGGACACGGACAUGUCGGAGGAGAUGCAGCAAGACGCUGUGGAGUGUGCCAUGCAGUCUCUGGAGGAGUACAACAUCGAGCACGAAAUCGCAGCUCACAUCAAGAGGGAGUUUGACAGGAAAUACCAUCCCACUUGGCAUUGCGUUGUGGGAAGGAACUUUUGCAGCCAUGUGACUCAUGAGAGUAAGCACUUCAUCUACUUCUACCUGGGUCAUGUUGCUAUUCUCCUCUUCAAAUCUGGUUAGA